AUGCAUAAGCUUGGCAGGAAAGCACGCUCUAAGACCGGCUGUCGGACGUGUAGAAUCCGCAAGGUCAAAUGCGACGAGGAAAAGCUGGCCGUGGCCGGGCAUCGCGAGCCGCAGUGUCGACGAUGUGCCGCAGCGCGCAUUCUCUGCGAGUGGAAGGGCGGACCCAUCCCACGGAGGGCCGCAGGAGCAGCACCAACAGCGCCAGGCCCGUCCAAGAAGAGCCAAGCGACGGAGGACCACCGCGCCGCCAGGAAACGGACGACGCCCUUGCAGGCCCCUUUGCUUCCCGCGCGGGAUUCUUCGCCCGAGGUCCUCCAGGCCGCCAAUUCUCUGGCGCUGUCCCACGCCGACCGGGCCUGUCUGGCCUAUCUCCAAGAUUCCGCCCUGGUGAUGAUUCUGGGGAAGCAUUGGCCGUGGUCGACCAUCUCGUAUGCGUACCACCGCGUGGCCGUGCGGGAGCCCAUGGUGAUGAGCAUGAUUCUGGCCAGCAGCUCCAGCGAAAUCCACCGAUCUCGUCGCCACGACGUCUCCGCACGUGCUCGCAGCGCCGCCGGUGAUUCGUGCGAUCUCGACGGCCGGUCGCAUUACGGCCGCGCCAUGGCGGGCCUGCGUGACGCCCUGCAGCGCGAUGUGAAGUCGCCCGCCCAGAUCGAGGCCGUCUUCAUCACCCUCUGGCUGAUGGUCGAUUAUGAGAAUCGCUUCGGCAGUGGUGCCGCCGGUAUCAACGUCCAUGUGCGCGGCAUUCUGUCCAUGCUGUCCCAGCAUGUCGUGCCUCUGCUGAAGCCCCGCGACGAGAGCCUGUCCUCGCCCCCAGCAGCGAUCACGGCUGGCCUGAGUCCCGCCGAGGCGCCGGCGGAAAGCUGUUCCAUGGAUGGGGAGAGUAGUAGUCUUUCCCAAUCGGCCUGCGCGCCUGUAGAGCGGCACAAUGGCAAACUGCGAUCGACGUCGGUGCCCCUGUUUCUGCUCUGGACGUUGUACUUCUUCACCCCGGGCGCGCUGUUCUGCGGACCAGGCAGCGUGGGAGUGGACGAGAUUGAUCUCUUUCGGUGCUUCAUCCGCGCAGAAUCAGGGACGACGGAGUUGAGUCUGCCCGAGCUCUACCGGAUCAGUAGACAGUCGCCCGCGCGGUUCUGGGGGGAGGCGUAUCCGGUGACGGCCCAAUUGGAUGACAUGGAGAACCUCCCUGGCCUGACCCUGUAUCACCGCAGCCAUGUGACCCAGUUCCAUAUCACCGAAUUUUACCGACAGGGCUUGCCCAGCUGCCUGGGCAGCUCUGCCGGGGCCCAGACUUCGUAUCGGCGGAUAGUCGACGAGAUUGCAACGAUUUCCGACGAAUUCGACUCUCUCCUCUCCUCCGCCAAAGCUGCGCCGUCCUGUGAGAUCGCAGGAGACGGCCGGAGGGUGAUGGAAACGGUGUAUUGGGCAUCCAUCACCUUCUACAGCACCAUCGUCUACCUCCAUCUCUGCACGGCGGACACCCCGGAGCAGCACCGGGAAGAACAGGAGAUCCUGUCUCUUGGCGAGGCCGUCUCGCUCGUUCUGGAGCUGGCGCUGAAGCUGCAUCGCAGCCGACCCCGACUGACGGUCCGCAUCGUGUGGCCCUUGUUCCUGGCCGGCAUCGCCACGCGCGACGCCAUCUAUCAAGAUUGGGUGUCGAUCCGACUGCGGGAGCUGGGCCGCUACGGGCAGAACUACAGCCGGGUCAGCCUUGCACUCAAGGGUGUUCAUUUCUACGCGUUCAUUUUCACCGAGGAAAAUGUUGAUCUUCAUGGUGUCAGCUCGGGCUCACUUGGGGGCGAUUCCGGUUUUCUCUUCCGAUGCGUUGGCAGCGUCAUCAAACAGGGAACUGAAGAAACUAAGCAUACGUAG